AUGUCAGGAUCCAUGAUGCGGAUCGCUGUGGCCGGUACAGGUGGCCUUGCACGCUUCAUCGCACACUUCGUCCAGCAGGACACGGCUCAUCAUGUCGUCCUGCUCUCAAGAGAAGAGAAACCUGAACUCAGUCGUGAUCAUCAGGUCAUCGUCGUCGACUACGCUAACAUACAAACAUUACAAUUCGCCCUACGAGGCAUCGACACCGUCAUAUCCACCGUGACAGGUCAGAACCAGAUCGAGCUCAUCAGAGCUGCCAUCUCAGUUCGUGUCCGGCGCUUUGCACCAGCGGAGUUCGAAGGCCCACCGUCGUUACGACCAGAGACCAGCCCACUCGAUCGUGGUCGGACGGCUGCUGGACGCUGGAUGGCAUACUACGGUCAACACAUCGAGACCACUGUCUUCGUAUGCGGCAUUCUGUAUGAGCGGUUCCAGCCAAAUGGUCUUCGGCAGACCCGUAUGGGACUGGGAUCUGGUCUUAGCAACGAAGGAGACUACAUCAUGAACUGUCGCACCAUGAGUGCUCAAGCACCAGCCUUCGAUGCGAACAACCUGCCUAACGUGACCAUCUGCAUGACUUCAGCGCAGGACGUUGCCAAGUUUGUUACGAAAGCACUGGACAUGCCACGAUGGCCCUCUGAGCUGCGGAUGUGCGGUGAACGCAUCACUGUCAAGGAUCUCAUCGCUACAGUACAGCAGAUGAAGGGUCAACCGUUCAAUCCCAUCUCAUGGCACAAUCCAGCAACAUUACGUGCAGCACUAGAAGUUGCUACAGCUCGUCGUGAUCCAGCUCUACAGAUCCGACUGCAUGCCCUGAUCGCUACAACAGAAGGUCAGUACGACUUUCCAGAGCCGGCGAACAUGAACGAGGCAUUCCCAGAUGUGCGGCCCGUCUCGUUCCAGACAUGGUUCGCUGCGAAAUGGAACUUGCAGCGCCGCUGA